CUUUGGAUACCGACCGUGCGCUUUCUGGACGUAACUUCGGCGGAGAGGAACGGAGAUUGGAGUUUGGAAAACAAAUCCUGGAAAUCAGAUUUCAGACACAUUCUGGACGCCUGCUUUGCGGUAAACUACUGGAGAAAAUUAAACAAGAUGAGUUUUCGAUGUUGAAGCAUUAGCUGGUGGGCUCGCGCGUGCACCACAAGAAUCAAAGCAAAGUGGUCCGUAGGCUAUAACUUCAGAACCAAGACUGUUCGUCCGGCUGCUAGUUCUCCGGAUUAUUUAUUUGAUGACACACCGUUUUGUAAUCUUUGUUUUGAACCCCCGUUUGCAUAAUGAUUCCACGCCACUUUGCUGGAACAGAAACGGACAAAGAGGGGGCUGCACUAUUCUGGAUCGACUGAGCGGACACGAUGUGGAUUUCAUGAGCGGUCUGCAGCAGAUUGACAUCUGUGCCAGAAACUUCCCAGCUGCAAAUUUCAGAUAAUUGCUUAUUUUCGGGAAAUAAUGUUGAGCAGAAGGCAAUGGACAUACGUCACGGCGAUUAGCUAUCUUAUUUUAGAAAUAUUAAUUCGCAAUGUUAAAGGUCUCAACGUUUGUACUAGCGGCAGUGCGACCUCCUGCGAGGAAUGUCUGCUUAUCCACCCGAGCUGCGCGUGGUGCGCGCAAGAGGAAUUCGGGAGUCCUCGGACUCUGACGUCCCGCUGCGAUCUGCAGCAGAACCUGCAGAAGAGGGGCUGCGAGGCCCCGUUCAUCGAAAGCCCCAGGAGCAACUCCUCCGUCCUGGAGAACGUCCCGCUGAGUUCCAAAGGGUCCGGGCCAACCCAGUACGACGUCAUCCAGAUAGCGCCCCAGAAGGUCUCGCUGAGUCUCCGGCCCGGUGACCCGGCGUGGUUCGAGGUGCAGGUGCGGCAGGUGGAGGACUACCCCGUGGACCUGUACUACCUGAUGGACCUGUCGCUGUCCAUGAAGGACGACCUGGACACCAUCCGCAACCUGGGCACCAAGCUGGCGGAGGAGAUGAAGAAGCUGACCAGCAACUUCCGCCUGGGCUUCGGCUCCUUCGUGGACAAGAACAUGUCGCCCUUCUCCUACACCGCGCCCAAGUACCAGAACAACCCCUGCAACGGGUAUAAGCUGUUCCCGAACUGUGUCCCCUCCUUCGGUUUCCGCCACCUCCUCUCUCUGACGGACAAGGUGGACCGCUUCAAUAAGGAGGUGCAGAAGCAGAUGGUGUCCCGCAACAGGGACGCCCCGGAGGGGGGCUUCGACGCCAUCCUGCAGGCGGCCGUGUGCAAGGAAAGGAUCGGCUGGAGGAAGGAGGCCUUCCACCUGCUGGUGUUCGCCACGGACGACGUCCCGCACCUGGCGCUGGACGGGAAGCUCGGCGGGCUGGUGGAGCCGCACGACGGCCAGUGCCACCUCAACGAGAAGAGCGAGUACAGCGCCUCCACCAGGAUGGACUAUCCCUCUCUGGCCCUGCUGGGGGAGAAGCUGGCUGAGAACAACAUCUAUCUCAUCUUCGCCGUGACCAAGAAGCUCUAUGUUAUUUACAAGAACUUCACUGCUCUGAUACCUGGUACCACGGUGGAGAUUUUAGACCAGGACUCCAAGAACAUCAUCCAGCUGAUUAUCAAUGCCUAUAAUAACAUCCGGUCCAAAGUGGAGCUGACGGUGUGGGACCACCCCGAGGACAUCAGCCUGUCGUUCACGGCGACCUGCCAGGACGGGCGCCCGCUGGCCGGCCUCCGGAAGUGCGCCGACCUCAAGAUCGGAGACACGGUGUCCUUCAACGUGAGCGUGGAGGCGCGGGGCUGCCCCGCCGCGGACGAGCGGCAGAGCUUCACCAUACGGCCCGUGGGCUUCAAGGACCGGCUGGAGGUGCAGGUGGCGUACCGCUGCGACUGCGGCUGCACGCAGCUGACGCAGCCCAACAGCACGCGCUGCAGCGGGGCGGGCACGCACAGCUGCGGCACCUGCGGCUGCGAGCCGGGCUACCUGGGCACGCGCUGCGAGUGCCAGGAGGGCGAGGCGGGCAGCGUGCAGCUGGCGGCCUGCCGCGAGGCCGAGGGCAAGCAGGUGUGCGGCGGGCGCGGCGAGUGCCGCUGCAACCAGUGCCUCUGCUACGAGUCCGAGUUCGGCAAGAUCUACGGCCGCUUCUGCGAGUGCGACGACUUCUCCUGCGCCCGCCACAAGGGGGUGCUCUGCUCCGGUCACGGGGAGUGCCACUGCGGUGAGUGUAAGUGCCACGCUGGCUACGUGGGGGACAACUGCAACUGCUCGACGGAGACGGCGGCGUGCGUGUCGGGCGACGGGCAGAUGUGCAGCGGGCGUGGCGUCUGCGUCUGCGGCGGCUGCCAGUGCACAGAGCCCGGCGCCUUCGGCGACACUUGCGAGAAGUGCCCCACCUGCCCCGACGCCUGCGGCACCAAGAGGGAGUGCGUGGAAUGCCGGCUCUUUGGCUCCGGGAAACACGACAACCAGACCUGUCAACGCCUGUGCAAGGAUGAGAUCGUCACCGUGGAAACGCUCAAGUCGGAUGACCCGGGCGCGGUCCUGUGUCUGUAUAAGACGGAGAGCGACUGCGUGAUGAAGUUCACGUACUCUGAGCACGCCAGCGGCCAGUCCGUGCUCACCGCCCUGAAGGAGCCAGAGUGUGCGGCGGCUCCAGACGCUCUCACCGUGCUCCUGGCGGUGGUCGGCAGCAUCCUGGCGAUCGGCAUGGCGCUGCUGGCCGUCUGGAAGCUGGUCAUCACCGUCCACGACCGGCGGGAGUUCGCCCGCUUCCAGAGCGCCCGGUCGCGGGCGAGAUACGAGAUGGCAUCCAACCCGCUGUACAAGCAGCCCAUCUCAACCCACGCAGUGGAGACGGUCUUCAGCAUGAACACCAAGUCCUACAACGGAGCGGUCCACUGAUCCCUCAUCGCUGGGGAGGGGGG